AUGUCUGACUCUGAGACAUCCACCACUCCUGCCCUCCCGCGUAAUGAAUACACAAUCGGAUGGGUGUGCGCUCUCUCAACAGAAUUGACAGCGGCAACGGCCAUGCUAGACUCAGAGCAUGAGCUGCCCAGCAAUCCACCCGGGGAUAAAAACGUCUAUACGCUUGGUUCCAUUGGAAAGCACAAUAUUGUUGUUGCUUGCCUGCCAAAAGGCAAGCAGGGGACUACAUCCGCAGCGGUUGUAGCGACUCAAAUGCUCGAGUCGUUUUCAUCAAUCAGAUUCGGGUUGAUGAUUGGCGUUGGAGGCGGCAUCCCUACCAAAGAUCACGAUAUUCGACUGGGAGAUGUUGUCGUCAGCACACCAACAAGCAUGUUUCCUGGUGUUGUUCAAUUGGAUCUGGGCAAAGCAAUAGAGGGCGGCGGCUUCGAGCGGAUCGGAUCGCUGAAUAACCCUCCAAAUAUCUUCCGGCUUGAUUCAAUGGAGGACAUCCUCUUCGCAUCAGACGACAUCACGAAAACUGUUGAACGAAAGCCAAGAGAUGAUGUAAAGGUUCACUACGGACUUAUUGCCUCUGGAAACAAGGUUAUCAAAGAUGCCAUUCUACGAGAUAGGAUAAAUGGCAAUCUCAAUCAUCAUGCUCUAUGUGUGGAGAUGGAAGCAGCAGGACUGAUGGAUAAUUUCCCUUGCCUUGUUAUUCGAGGCAUAUGCGAUUAUGCAGACUCUUAUAAGAACGACGACUGGCAAGGAUAUGCGGCAGCUACGGCCGCUGCGUUUGCAAAGGAACUUCUCUCAAUAAUUCCUGCAUCUGAUGUAGAGCAGAUGGAAGGUAUCAAAAUUAUUGCCAGUAAAAUCAGUGAAAUAUCCGAAGGCGUGAAAAAAAUCCAUCAGGGUCAGGAGCGCCAUGCUCGAAACGAAAUCCUUGAAUGGCUCACGCCGGUUAAUUAUGACGCACAGCAUCAUGAGCAUCUCAGUAAAAGACGUCCAGAUUCAGGGAAAUGGCUUUUGGAGCAUCCGAAUUUCCAGCAGCUUUUAAACGGAGAUGAGAAAACUCUGCUGUGCCAGGGAAACCCAGGAGCAGGGAAAACAAUCCUUACAUCUGCUGUUAUCGACCAUCUUCAACACUGGCAGUCCUCUCGCGAUACCCCGAAAAUUAAAGUGAGCUUGGCUUUCAUAUAUUUUGACUUCAUCAGGAAAGAAAGCCAGAGAACUAUCGAUGUCCUGGCUAGUCUUGUCAAACAGCUGGUUAGAGCCAAGCCAUGUCUGCCCACCGCCGUCGAAGACCUCCAAAAGAAAUACAAGUCCAUACCGGCUUCUUCGCGUUCAGACAAGGAUAUCAAGAAGUUUUCCGAGGCCCUCAAACAUUUGAUAAGCGACAGAUCCACAAAAACUUUCAUUGUCAUCGACGCACUAGAUGAAAGCCAAGAUAGCAACAACUUUUUGGAAAAUAUAUUCACAGUCCUAAAGGAUACAGAAGCAAAACUCUUCGCUACAACUCGACCAACCGGGGGUGUUAAGGAACAAUUCAAGAGCGGACUCUUCCUUGACAUUUCUGCAUCCACUGAAGAUGUAAAAGAUUAUAUUCAUGGCCGCCUGCCAGAGUUCACAGUCUUGAGUGAUGAAAAUGACGACAUUCGCGAAGAGCUCAAAGUCUGCCUUAAAAGAGAGAUUGUAACACAAAUCAGUAGUGCGAUUGAUGGCAUCUUUCUUCUUGCGAAAUUUCACGUUGAUUCACUCCUGACGAAAACAACUCUCGACCAGAUCAGAAAAACGCUCCAAGACCUCCCCAGGGGUCCAGAGGCAUAUAAACAAGCAUACGAGAAAACCAUCAUCCGAAUUCGCGGCCAGCCGAGUGAGCAUCAGCAGCUAGCAAAACGUACUCUCCAGUGGCUCGCUUGUGCUGCGAGAGAAAUCACAGCUUUGGAACUCCGUCACGCUUUGGCAAUCAGAGAUGAUAGCAGCUCGUUACCAAGUGAAGAAGUUCUUGAAAGUACCAAUUUCGUGGUCAAGGUUUGCAUGGGGCUAGUAUUAGUCGAGGGGGAAAGCCGCGUCAUUCGACUGCUUCAUCACACAGCCCUCGAAUACUUACAAGAAAACAUGGUCUGUCUAUGGAGCCUGGAAGACUCAGAGACUGUAGAGACUCGUCUUCUGCCUCCAAAAUCUUCCAAAUGUGCUAUGCAAGAAGUACACCAAGGCAUCGCCAAAGUAUGCAUCAAAUAUCUUUCAUUCGAAGUCAUCCGGUCUUCAUUGACACCAGACAAUUACUACACACUUGAGAGCCUAGAUGUAUAUCCAUUUCUUGAGUAUACGAUAUACCAUUGGGCUCGCCAUUGGCGCGAAGGCUUCAAUGAGAUGAGUCUUCCUGUUAGCAUGGUGGAAACUAUCACAAUCUUUCUAGGCAACGAAAUGGUGGUCACUCUAAUAGAUGAAUUCGAUGACCACGAAUUUUAUGCAACUCAGUCCGCAGAGGAAAUGACGAUUCUGCAGUUCGUUGCUUUUUUUGGGCUGACCAGUAUGAUCGACGCCUGCCUAAACGAUGGCCACGAUAUUCAUGCUACGACGAGGGCUGGGGAGAAUGCUCUAUGGUUUGCACUAGUGCGUAAACAUGAAGAUACAUCCAAGGCCCUACUGCGAAGAGGAGCAAAAGAAGCUUUCAUUGUUACCGACGAGGAACUGUGGUCUUCACUAGGUUUUGCGAUCUACAACGGGAUGGGGGUAGCCGCAGACCUGUUACGAGAUGACAACUUUGGCGCUAUAAUCAAUCCCGAGGCAAAAGUCUGCACUCAUCACGAGGAUUGGGUUUGCUCUUGCUAUUUCAUGUUUCCAUUACUGGUGGCCGCUCAGGUUGGGGACUUGAAAAUGACAAAGAUGCUCCUCCAACGCGGAGCCAAGCCUCACGCUGGAAACAACUCUUCAAUAAACGGUCCAGUGGAGGCUGAAGCGCUCAUCAUGGCUGUAGAAGGUGGGUACGAAGAUGUCGUAGAAUGUCUACUGCAAGCUGAUGGCAGUGCCGUCAACGCAGUGGAUAAGUGUUUCAGAAUGCCACUCUACUGGGCCAUUAACGUGAGCAGAUGGUCUACAGCAAACGUACUGCUCCGCUUUGGUGGAAAACUGUAUGGAGCUGGCACAGACUCAGACCCAGGGUUGCCAGCUAAUGUUUCACUGAUCAAUGGACAGCCUAGCUCGAUCAGAUUUUGGGGCCUAGACAGCAUGCCCGUAGACAUCAGUAAGUGA